AAAUAAUAUAUUUCAGGUGCUGAUUGUGGCGCGUGGGGUAACGGCGGUAUGCGCGUGGUGUUAGCAGCGCUAGCAGCGCUUGCGGCGCGAGCGCUGGGUAGCCCGCACGAACACCGCGCGCGGCAUCAUGCACCAGAUCACCCUCUGCAUUUUCCGGCGCCAGCUCCUCCACAACCAUAUAGAGGACAUGGCGAGGCAGUCCGCUAUAAUCCUGAAUUAGAUACGAUAUUACCCCGUAUUGAUGAACAUGAAACCUCUUCGAAACGCGCCAAACUAGAAGAUGCUGAAACCUCAUCUAAAAAAGAAGAAAAAUAUUUUUCCAACCAUGAACGAGGCGAAGAAGUUUUUAUGGCAGAUGAACCACAAAUGGGACCUGAAGACGACGAUCCGUUAGUCGUUCGCACUCGUAAGGGCAGAGUUAGAGGUAUAACUCUUACAGCUGCGACAGGAAAGAAAGUUGACGCUUGGUUUGGAAUUCCUUACGCACAAAAACCUCUAGGCGACUUGAGAUUUAGACACCCCAGACCUGUUGAAAGCUGGGGCGAAGAAAUUUUAAAUGCAACAACACUGCCACAUUCAUGCGUUCAAAUAGUAGAUACCGUGUUCGGGGAUUUUCCAGGUGCUAUGAUGUGGAACCCUAACACAGACAUGCAGGAGGACUGUCUGUAUAUUAAUAUAGUCACACCUCGACCCAGACCAAAAAAUGCAGCUGUUAUGCUAUGGGUAUUUGGGGGAGGAUUUUAUUCUGGAACUGCCACUUUGGAUGUGUAUGAUCCUAAAAUCCUGGUAUCCGAAGAAAAGGUUGUCUACGUUUCAAUGCAAUAUCGGGUUGCUUCGCUCGGUUUCCUUUUCUUUGACACACCCGAUGUUCCAGGAAAUACGGGACUUUUUGAUCAAUUAAUGGCUUUGCAGUGGGUCAAAGACAAUAUAGCAUAUUUUGGUGGAAAUCCUCACAAUGUAACGUUAUUCGGAGAGUCGGCUGGAGCAGUAUCUGUCUCCCUUCAUUUACUAUCACCUCUUUCGAGAAACUUGUUUUCGCAGGCAAUUAUGCAAUCGGGAGGUGCAACAGCACCAUGGGCUAUAAUAUCAAGAGAAGAAAGUAUUUUACGAGGCAUACGGUUAGCAGAAGCUGUACACUGUCCUCAUUCAAGAACAGACAUGGGGCCCAUGAUAGAAUGUCUGCGAAAAAAAAGUGCUGAUGAAUUAGUGAAUAAUGAAUGGGGAACCUUAGGUAUUUGUGAAUUUCCUUUCGUUCCUAUUAUCGACGGUUCCUUUUUAGACGAAAUGCCAAUCCGUUCUUUAGCGCACCAAAACUUCAAAAAAACCAAUCUUCUCUUAGGGUCAAAUACCGAAGAAGGAUAUUAUUUUAUACUGUAUUAUUUGACCGAAUUAUUUCCCAAAGAAGAAAACGUAGGCAUUACCAGAGAGCAAUAUUUACAAGCCGUAAGGGAGUUAAAUCCAUAUGUCACUGAUGUGGCUCGUCAAGCAAUAGUGUUUGAGUACACUGAUUGGUUAAACCCUGAUGAUCCCAUCAGAAAUCGUAAUGCUUUGGAUAAAAUGGUGGGCGACUACCAUUUUACUUGCGGUGUAAAUGAGUUAGCACAUCGUUACGCGGAGACUGGCAAUAACGUGUAUACAUAUUAUUAUAAACACCGCAGUAAGAAUAACCCAUGGCCAUCGUGGACGGGUGUCAUGCAUGCUGAUGAAAUCAAUUAUGUAUUUGGCGAGCCUCUGAAUCCCGGAAAAAAUUAUUCACCGGAAGAAGUAGAAUUCAGCAAACGAAUGAUGAGAUACUGGGCAAACUUUGCGAAAACUGGAAAUCCAUCGUUAAGUCCGAAUGGAGAAAUGACUAAAGUGCACUGGCCGGUGCACACCGCGUUCGGCAGGGAAUAUCUGUCUCUGGCAGUCAACUCCAGCGCUGUGGGCCACGGACUGCGAGUUAAACAAUGUGCUUUUUGGCAAAAAUAUCUCCCCCAAUUAAUAUCAGCGACAAAAAAAACGGAACCACCCCGGAAUUGCACUGGCAGUGGUUCCUUACUGCGUCCGUCGCUGCACACGCUGGGCCUGGGCGUCGCGGCGGCGGCGACAUCCUUCACACACCACUUGUUGUUGACACAUUUAGUGUCCAUGUUCGUGAACAUUGAUUAGAACGUUUCACGCACAUACCGUAUGGUUUAUUUGCUCUGGCCUGCUAUGUCUUUUCUGAUGAAACGCAUUUUAAAAUGCCGUUCAAAGUAAUAUGGGACAAAACAGCAAGAUUACUAUACGAUUGCGCCAACACUUAAUAAAACAGUCGUUGAUAAAAUUAUGAUUUAUUAGCACUACUUAUAGUCCUUAUAUUGAUCAACAAGGACAAUAUAAUUUUCAUCUC